AUGUCGGCGGCACUGCUGCUCUGGGUGGUUCUGCUCCGCUGGGCCAGCGGCGGGGGCUUCACCCGGGCAGGCAGGACGUGGCAGCACUGCACAGAGCUGCGCCCGCUGGACAUGCUGUCGGAGGCGGUGCCGCCCGGGGCCCCGGCCCGCGGCGUGCGGGUCUCGCAGGCGCAGGGCGUGCGCGGCCUGCAGCUCUCCGCAUCCCGGCCCCGCGCCCUGGCCUUCCCCGCCUCGCGGCUCUUCAUCCACUGCGACCGCUUCCCCGAGGAGUUCUCCAUCAUCGUCACGCUGCGAGCGCUCCGCCGCCCCGCCAAGAGGAACGAGUACAUCUUCACGCUGAUGGUGGAGGAGAGCCCCAGCGUCCUGGUGGGGUUGCGCUACGCCCCCGACAAGCUCCACUUCCUCUUCUGGAGCCAGGAGCGCGCCGGCGGCUGGCAGACCCGCGUCACCUUCCCCAACGUGUCCCUCUCCGACAACCAGUGGCACACGCUCAUCCUGGCUGUCUCCGGCCAGUCCUUCUCCUUGACGGUGGACUGCAGCGUCCCCAAGGAUGUGGUGGUGGAGACACCAUUUCCAGCCUCGCUGUCGGUGAGGAGAGCCAGCUUCUACCUGGGCAACAGGCGGAGGAGGAAAGGCGUGUUCACGGGCUUGCUGAGACAGCUUGUCCUGCUGCCAGGAGCUGAUGCCACCCCCCGGAUAUGCCACGCCGUGAACUUCAAAGUAGCAACACUCUCCGUCCCCAGUGUCCUCCAGGAUGUCCCUGCGAAGCCAGUGAGCAACGAGGUGCUCAAAUACCCCUACGAGACGGACAUGAAGGUGACCCUGGGGGCCCGGCCACGCUGCUCCAAGCAGGAGAAGGCUCAGUUCUGGUUCAACGCCUCCCGCCGAGGGCUGUACCUCUGCAACGGCAGCACCUGGCUCUCCAUGCUGGAAGUCCAACACAGGCUGGACUACGUGGAGGAGUACCAGAACCUGGUGACCAACUCGGAGACGAUGGGCAUUGAGGUGUUCAGCAUCCCCAGGCUGGGGCUCUUUGCAGCCAUGGCCAACCGGCUCACGCCCCCGGGCUCGGCCAUCUACAGGUGGACUGAGGGCAAGUUUGUGCACUACCAGAACAUCCCCACCCACCAAGCUCAGUCCUGCAAGUAUUUCACCAUUGGGAAGAAGAUCUUCCUGGCAGUGGCGAAUUUUGAGCAGGAUGAGAGGGGUCAGGAGUUCUCAGUGAUAUUCAAGUGGAGCCGCAGGAAAGCCAAGUUCAUCGCGUACCAGCGGAUCCGCACGCACAGCGCCAGGGACUGGGAGGCCUUUGUCAUCGAGGGAGAGGCUUUUCUUGCUGUGGUCAACCACAGAGAAGGGAACAACCACAAUAUAGACAGUGUGAUAUACAGGUGGAACCCCAGGACAGGGCUGUUUGAAACUAACCAGACCAUUCCUACCUCUGGAGCCUACGACUGGGAAUUCUUCACCAUCGGACCAUAUUCCUUCCUGGCUGUAGCUAACACAUUCAAUGGCACGUCCACUAAGAUCUACUCACACAUCUACAUCUGGCUCAGCGGCUCUUUCCAGCUCUUCCAGUCUAUCCUGACAUUUGGUGCAGCUGACUGGGAGGUUUUCCACAUUGGGGACAGAGUCUUCCUGGCUGUUGCCAACAGCCACAGCUAUGACAGUGGGAUGCCAGCACCCUCCAAUUUCUAUGCCAUCAACUCCUCCAUCUAUGAGCUGAACAUCACGGCCCAGAUGUUUGUUAAAUUCCAGGACCUUCUCACCUACAGUGCCCUGGACUGGGAGUUCUUCUCGGUGGGAGAUGACUCUUUCCUGGUGGUGGCCAACUCCUUCGAUGGCUUCACCUUCUCUGUGAACAGCAUCAUCUACAGGUGGCAAGGCUACGAGGGCUUCGUGGCAGCCCACCACCUCCCCACGGUGGGCUGCAGGGACUGGGAGGCGUUUCACACCGCGGAGGGCUCCUACCUGCUCUACUCCAGCGCCAGGGAGCCGCUCUCCAAGGUGCUCAAGCUGAAAACCACCUGA